AACUCAGCCAAGCCAGAGCCCAACAGCGGCUAGCAUGGGAGGAGCUUCGUCUUCUCCCACCUUCGUGCUGGUGCUUAUGCUGAUGUUGAGGUACUGCCGCCGCUGCUGCACGCAAAGGUCCGAACAGGGAUGAUGAUGUUGCUUGCUCCAAGAGAGGUCCGAGCUCCAGUCUGCUCGAUCGAUGAUGGACCAACCAGGCUACGAGGAUGAGAGCAUUGUGAUUCCCUGUUUGGAUCUUCCACCUAACUCGAUUCCUCGGCCCACACCCCCUUUGGCACGUCUCUUCCAGUCUCUCCCCCAUCUUGUCACCCUCUCGGUCUCCCGCCCAGCCAGUUGCCGAAACCUCAAUCGGUCACUCGAGUCGAAGCUCUUCCCCAGCCACCCUCCACCACCUUGGUGCUCCCUCCAAGUCCUCGCCCAGUCCGUCCCGUCUCCAGGCUGUGUGUGGUUGCUCCGGCUCCAGAGCCUGGCAUGGCACUUGCUCCUUUGGCUCUGGCUUCGCCUCCGGCUCCGGCUCUGGGUGUGCCUCGCACACGUUCCCUCGCAAACAGUGCUGCAGAGCACACACCGCACAGCUGUGUGUGAGUGUGAGAGAGAGAGAGCUCCGUCCCCCUCCCUCUGCCUCUCUCACUCUCACUCUCACUCCCGCCCUCCUUGCGCGCCGCACCAGCACCGCGCACUCCCUCUUCAUCUUCCUCACACCCGCCCACCGCGCUCUUGGAGGUACCACCAAUCGACUCGCGCCCACCCACCUUUGAGCUUGCCCCGUCCUCUCCUCCCCCCUAGAGCUUUCCUUGCGCCAGCCUACAUACAUACCUUACCUACCUUUCGUCCUGGCCGCCCCCCAAUUCUUUCUCUUUCCUCCUGCAUCUCCUACACCUCUCUCUCUCUCUUCUCUAUCCAUCUCUUGUCAGUUCCCACUGAAAAGCCACCGAGACGUCCUGUUCUACCCAAUUGAACCCAUCGAAUCUCUGAAUCUCUC